GCCCCGUCGAGAUCUCAUGCCGCUCGUGCCGCACGAUUCUCCAUCCCCGCUGCAGAGAAACAAGCAGCCGGCGAAGCAGAUGAGCGGGACGAGCGCUGCCUCGCCCCGGCCGAGCAAGCAACCGCCCCACGCUCCGAGACGGUUAGCUCCGAGUCUAUCCACCCCCCUCGUGUCGCUGGCUCUGCUCUUACUCGCCGCCGCAGCCGUGUUCCUCUACUCGCAGACCGCCGCCCGCUCGUACGAGUCCCGCGGAGAGGCGCGGCCCCUCUCCUCCCCGACGGUGGAGACCAUCUACGGCUCGCGCGCCAUCUGGGAGCUCCCCGCGGCCGCGCCGGCCAGGGCGGUCCUCUUCGUCGCCCACGGCUGCCGCUGCCGACCGGAGAACUUCUGGCCGCCGUCCCCGCGCUGCCCGGGGUGCGUUGGCCUGCCGGAGGACGUCGCCAUCACGGGCCUCGCUCUGCGGAGGCGGUUCGCGGUGCUGGCCGUCGCGAGCGCCGGGGAGUGCUGGUCGCUGGGAAAGGAGGUCAACGGCGCCAAGCGGGUGAUCCGGUCCUGGGCCGCGAAGAACGGUCUCGAGGGCCUGCCCGUUGCCGCCCUCGGCGCUUCCUCUGGCGGGUACUUCGUCUCCAGGCUCGCGGCCAAGAUGAGCCUCGCCGCCGUCGUGAUCAUGAUCGCCGAGGGCGCGUUCGGCGGGGCAGCUGGCGCGCCGGCGGCGGCGUACCCGCCCACGAUGUUCAUCCACAUGCCGAAAGACAGGCGGAGGGUGGCCCUGUUGGAGAGGAAUUCGAAGAUGCUGACGCAGAAUGGCGUUGAGGUGAAGGAGCUCGAGAGCCUUGAGCUCCCUUUGACGCCGACGCUGCUGUCGGAGAGGAUACCUGGGGUGGACCGCGAGCUGUCAGAAAAGAUAUGGAAAGUGUUCGGGGAUGAAGGAUUCGUUGAUGAGAAAGGGUAUAUGAAGGAUGAUGGCCGGGCAACGCCAUGGAAGGAUGCAUUGGUGAAAAGAGGGUUAUGGAAGGAGGUUUCUCCCUGGGCAGACCACAUCCAGGAGGAGCUGAAUCUUGCUUAUGGGUACCACGAGAUGACGAGCUUGCAUGCUGACGAGAUGUUCGAUUGGAUCGAGAAGCAUUUGACAUGAAGAGGCUAUGGCGGAUCAUUUCAGCAUUGUGCGGCUUAGCACGAAAUUAAACGGGUUGGAGGAUUGAAGGGAAAGCUGCACUGCACCUCAGGAGUUAUUGCGUCACAAAUUGGUGAACAGAGAAGAUGCACGCAAGACAUUCGUUCUAAAUUUCUGAUAGACUGACCUGAUGAUGUGAAAUAUCAAAUAUGUGCAUUGCUUUCAGCUGGCUCUUGUGCAACGAAUGGGUGAAAAGAAGUAUACACAGAGAUAGUUCAGUGAGAUUUUUCUCUGACCUGUAAUAUUACUCUCUGUUCAUCAAGAUGAAAUUUUCCAAUUUUUUUCUUAUUUGUCUCUGAGUCAUCACACUCCAAAUGUUGAUCUUUGCUAUGCAUGGAGAUAUGAUCCUGCUAGCUAGUAAUAACCUUUUUACCAGUGGACCUUGUCUGAAUCUUAUGAUGACAUUUGAUCUGAUUAAAUUC